AUGGGUCACCGAAAGUUUGAGGCUCCGCGCCACGGCCACUUGGGGUUCCUCCCGAAGAAGCGUACGAAACACCACCGCGGCCGCGUUCGCAAGUUCCCGCGCGAUGACGCGUCCAAGGCGCCGCACCUGACGGCGUUCAUGGGCUUUAAGGCCGGCAUGACGCACAUUGUGCGCGAGGUGGACCGUCCUGGCUCCAAGGUGCACAAGAAGGAGAUUGUCGAGCCCGUGUCGAUCGUGGAGACGCCUCCGAUGGUCGUGAUUGGCGUCGUCGGCUACCUCGAGACCCCGCGCGGCCUUCGCACGCUCACGACGGUGUUUGCCGAGCACCUGAGCGAAGAAGUGAAGCGUCGGUUCUACAAGAACUGGUACAAGUCGAAGCGCAAAGCGUUUACCAAGUACGCAAAGAAGUACCAGACGGCCCCUGCUGACAUUGAGAACGAGCUCAACCGUAUCAAGAAGUACUGCCAGGUCGUGCGUGUGCUCGCCCACACUCAGGUCCGCAAGGUGAAGCUUCGCCAGAAGAAGGCCCACCUGCUUGAGGUGCAGGUGAACGGUGGCUCGGUGGCCGACAAGGUGGACUUUGCCAAGUCGCUCUUCGAGAAGCAGGUGCCAGUGACGGCCGUGUUUGCCAAGGACGAAAUGAUUGACGUCAUUGGUGUUACCAAGGGUCACGGUGUGGAGGGUGUGAUUACCCGUUGGGGCGUCACCCGUCUACCACGUAAAACGCACCGUGGUCUGCGCAAGGUCGCCUGUAUCGGAGCUUGGCACCCGUCGCGCGUGCGCUUCACGGUGCCGCGUGCCGGUCAGCACGGUUACCACCACCGUACGGAGAUCAACAAGAAGAUCUACCGCAUCGGCGCUGCUGGGGACAAGAAGUCGUGCAUGACUGAGCAAGAUCUGACGGAGAAGGACAUCACCCCGCUGGGUGGAUUUCCGCACUACGGUAUCAUUAACGAGGACUGGCUCAUGAUCAAGGGCCAGAUUGUCGGUACGAAGAAGCGCGCGUUGACUCUGCGCAAGUCGCUGCUGGUGCACACCAAGCGCUCGGCUCUUGAGGAGAUCAGCCUCAAGUUCAUCGAUACGUCGUCAAAGUUCGGCCACGGUCGUUUCCAGACUGCGGAGGAGAAGGCCAAGUGGAUGGGUCCGCUCGCUCGUCAGAACCGCGCUUAA